AUGGACAUUGACAUGGACUACGAAAGACCCAACGUUGAAACUAUCAAGUGUGUGGUGGUUGGAGAUAAUGCAGUGGGAAAGACUCGUCUAAUCUGUGCAAGAGCCUGCAAUACAACCUUGACUCAGUAUCAGCUGCUGGCAACUCACGUACCAACUGUCUGGGCCAUUGAUCAGUACCGUGUCUGCCAAGAGGUCCUUGAACGCUCAAGAGAUGUUGUGGAUGAAGUGAGUGUUUCUCUCAGGCUGUGGGAUACAUUUGGGGACCACCACAAAGACAGGCGCUUUGCUUACGGAAGGUCCGAUGUAGUUGUUCUGUGCUUUUCAAUUGCUAAUCCUAAUUCCCUGAAUCAUGUGAAAACAAUGUGGUAUCAAGAAAUCAAGCACUUCUGUCCUCGCACACCUGUCAUCCUGGUGGGCUGCCAACUAGAUCUCCGCUACGCAGAUCUGGAGGCUGUUAACAGAGCCAGACGGCCUUUGGCAAGGCCAAUUAAAAGGGGAGACAUUUUGCCACCAGAAAGAGGCAGAGAGGUUGCCAAGGAACUCGGGAUACCAUACUAUGAAACCAGUGUAUUUGACCAGUUUGGGAUUAAAGAUGUGUUUGACAAUGCAAUUAGAGCUGCCCUGAUCUCCAGAAGACACUUGCAGUUCUGGAAAUCUCAUUUGAAGAAGGUCCAAAAACCUUUGCUUCAGGCUCCAUUCCUACCUCCAAAAGCCCCUCCUCCAGUUAUCAAAAUUCCCGAGUGUCCCGUACCGAGCAUGAAUGAAGCUGGAUAUUUAUUGGACAGCCCACUGUGUGCAGAUGUCAUGUUUGUUCUCCAGGAGCAGGACUAUAUUUUUGCUCACAAGAUUUACCUAGCUACCUCCUCUUCAAAGUUUUAUGACCUUUUCUUAAUGGAAUGUGAGGAAAGUCCAGACUCAGAUGAAACACAGUAUAAUAAAGAAAAUACAAAUAAGGAUGUUCUGACAAGUCACCUCGAGACAAAUAGUGACAGUGAUGAGGCAUCCUUGAAAUCUGCUGAUGUUAAAAUUCCCCCACCAGAAAGUACUGAGUCUUCAAACAUGGUAGAACCUGAAUCUGGUGAAACAACCUCUGCAGCAAGAUCUCUGUCAUCCUUGGGUAAGGGAUUUGUUAGCGUGCACAAGGAAAUGCAAGUGAAUCCUGUCUCAAAUCGGAUGUGUCCUGUAACUGUGGUAAAAAUGGAUUCAUCGGUGCAGGCUGGACCUUUUAAAACUGUUUUGCAGUUUUUAUACACAGGCCAACUGGAUGAAAAUGAAAAAGACCUCACAAGACUGGCUCAGAUUGCUGAAAUCUUGGAAGUAUUUGAUUUGCGAAUGAUGGUGGAGAAUAUUAUGAAUAAAGAAGCCUUCAUGAACCAAGAGAUUACUAAAGCAUUUCAUGUCAGAAAAGCUAAUCGGAUAAAAGAGUGCCUUUGCAAAGGGACAUUUUCUGAUGUGAGGUUUAAAUUGGAUGAUGGAAGCAUAAAGGCCCACAAGCCACUGCUGAUCUGUAGCUGUGAAUGGAUGUCUGCGAUGUUUGGAGGAUCAUUUAUUGAAAGCUCCAACAGUGAG